ACACAUGCGCGCUGCCGCCGCCGCCGCAGCACUCCGCGGCUGCCCGGGGACAGGAAACCUUCAAGACUGAGCCGCCGCGGCCGCCUCCCGUCCGCCCCCAGCCGCGCGCCUGCCCGCAGCCUGCUCGCCUGCUGCCGGCGUCUCUCCGUGGAGCACCCUAGGGACUCGGCAGCGGCUGCCGAGGGGAAAAGCUGCGACCCCCCCCGCAGGAGCGGCGGGGCGGGGUGGGGGGGCGCGGGCGAAGAUGGCGACGCCGGCAAGCGAACCCCAACCUUUCGUCCCUGCCCUCUCGGCGGCUAGCCUGCACCCUCAUCAUCACCCUCACCACCACCACCACCAUCACCACCACCACCACGGGAGCACCGGGGCUGGCGGCGGGACUGGCGGCGGCGGCGGCGGCGGCGGCAGCGGGGGCUUCAACCUGCCCUUGAACCGGGGUCUGGAGCGCGCGCUGGAGGAGGCGGUCCACUCCGGGGGCUUGAACCUCAGUGCCAGGAAACUGAAGGAAUUUCCCAGGACCGCGGCCCCCGGCCACGACCUCUCGGACACGGUGCAGGCAGAUUUAUCUAAAAACAGACUGGUUGAAGUUCCAAUGGAAUUGUGCCAUUUCGUAUCACUGGAAAUUCUUAAUCUGUAUCACAAUUGCAUCCGAGUCAUUCCCGAGGCCAUCAUCAACCUGCAGAUGCUGACUUACUUAAACUUGAGUCGGAAUCAGCUGUCUGCCCUGCCUGCCUGCCUGUGUGGUCUGCCUCUCAAAGUCUUAAUCGCAAGUAACAACAAGCUUGGAUCACUCCCGGAAGAGAUAGGUCAGCUCAAACAGUUAAUGGAGUUGGAUGUCAGCUGCAAUGAGAUUACAGCUUUGCCCCAGCAAAUAGGUCAAUUGAAGUCUCUACGAGAACUGAAUGUCAGAAGAAAUUACCUUAAAGUUUUGCCACCAGAACUAGUAGAUCUUCCCUUGGUCAAGUUCGACUUUUCCUGCAACAAAGUGCUGGUGAUUCCGAUUUGCUUUCGGGAGAUGAAGCAGCUGCAGGUGUUGCUGCUGGAGAACAAUCCUUUGCAGUCGCCUCCUGCGCAGAUUUGCACAAAGGGCAAAGUGCACAUAUUUAAGUACUUGAGCAUACAAGCGUGCCAGAUGAAGACAGCUGACUCCCUUUAUCUCCACACCAUGGAGAGGCCCCAUUUACACCAGCAUGUGGAAGACAGCAAGAAAGAUUCUGACUCGGGAGUUGGAAGUGAUAAUGGAGAUAAGCGAUUAUCUGCCACUGAGCCUUCUGACGAAGACACUGUGAGCCUCAAUGUGCCCAUGUCAAAUAUCAUGGAAGAAGACCAGAGCACCAAGGAGGAUGCGUGCCGUCAUCGCCUCAGCCCAGUGAAAGGGGAAUUUCAUCAGGAAUUUGAACCGGAACCUUCUCUCUUGGGUGACAGUGACAACGCAAGAGAAGAAAGGGACCAUUUUACUCUCGGAGCAGAUGUCCUACACCCCGGCUUUCGGAGCUAUGUCAAGGAUAGGACAGAAGACUGUGAAGAGCUGUUACGGAUAGAAGAGGACAUGCACUGGCCGACUGAGGGAAUAGUAAGUUCAUCCAAAGAUCAAGACAUGGAUAUAGCGAUGAUUGAGCAGCUGAGAGAAGCAGUAGAUUUGCUGCAAGAUCCCAAUGGAUUAAGCACAGAUAUGAUGGACAGCGGUGUUUUAAACCUGUACCCCGUGGGAUCAGCAGAAGCCUUAGAAUUACAAGAUCCUGCGCUAAAUGGUCAAAUACAGCUGGAGACAUCCCCGUUGUGUGAGGUGCAGAGUGAUCCCACAUUGCAGAGUAAUGGGAGCCAGUAUUCUGCUAAUGAGAUGAGAGAGAACUCUCCUGCAGUCUCUCCUACCACAAACAGCGGAGUUCCAUUCGGCCUGAAGCCUCGAUCAGACCCAGCCCUCAUUCUCCCUCCUAUCUCCUUCAACAAACUUACACAGGCACAAACAUGGGACAACUCUAGCUACAGUGUUCCAUCUGCAGGAGACAGUGACAAUGUGUUUCUCAGACCUCAGAGAAAUCUGGAGUCUAUAGACCCGCAAUUCACAAUUCGGAGGAAGAUGGAGCAGAUGAGAGAAGAACAAGAGCUGGUGGGACAACUCCGUGAGAGCAUUGAGAUGCGACUGAAGGUGAGUCUCCACGAAGACCUGGGGGCUGCGCUCAUGGAUGGUGUCGUGCUCUGCCAUCUGGUCAACCACAUUCGCCCGCGGUCCGUAGCAAGCAUCCAUGUCCCCUCACCAGCAGUUCCCAAACUCAGCAUGGCCAAAUGCAGAAGAAAUGUGGAAAACUUUUUGGAAGCCUGCCGAAAAUUAGGAGUCCCAGAGGAGAAAUUAUGUCUCCCCCAUCACAUCCUUGAAGAGAAAGGCCUGGUCAAAGUGGGCAUGACCGUGCAGGCGUUGCUAGACGUCACUGUCGCGAAGGCUCUAUUCACAUGAAGCCAGCCCCUCUCUCUCCUUUGGGGUCACUCGGACUGUGCUCCAUCAGGGAUCCUGAACUCUCUUCCCGGCACCUAGUCCACCCUCUCUCCCACUCACUGCCUGUCACUCCCCAACUCUGUUGCGUUGAAAAGGUUUUCAGAGGAUUUUCCGCUUGGCAGAGCUGACCUUGGACGCGACGACUUGACAGGUACUUUUAUCUCGAGCACGGUGGGAGAGCUGGUGAAGAGCUGAGCGCCGCAUCAAUGCCUUUACAACCUCCGUAUCCCUUCCACGCUCACCGACUGCCAUUGCCAGAACGCCAAGCACAACCGUUUUGUAGCAAGACGUGUUUGUUUCGUUACAACCAAACUCAUGAUGUGUUUAGCGGGGGGAGGGGGGGGCACAAUCAGGUUUCUCACCACCAAAUUUUUCAAGAAGUUUCUUGAGACCAUUGCCUUUUAAAAAACUAUUUUCGACAUACAAAAUAUUUAUAUGAAUAUUAUUUAUUAGUGAGUUGUUAUUCAUCCUUUGGAUGCAAAUUGUAAAUUAGGAAACUAUUUUAUUACUGCUUUUUUGUGGUUAAACACUUUAUUUUAAUAUUAUAAAUAUUGAGUUAUUUUCUAUCCUCUUUGGUGUGCAGUAGUUCUAGGUCUUGGUAAUCACGUUUUCUGGUGUAUAUGAUUCAGAAAAAAAAAGUAAGCAAACAACAGGUGCUUCUGUGACAAAGAACUGUUCUCUGGGGAGGCAUUACUUCCACUUUGGUUUGUGGAACAUUGUUCUUAUUUAUACUUCUGCAUUCCAUCCAGUUUCCUACAUUCCAGCAGCCCUUUUGUCCCCUGAUAUAAUAAAACUGACUGAAAUCAAGAGAGCACCCCAAAGUUAUUUGUAAAUAGCUGUGAUGGGAAAAAAAAGACACAUUAAACUUGAAGAUAAAAUGUGAACAGUUAUUUUUUUGGAUUCAUACUUCUUUUGCUAUGCACAAAACAUUCACGUUUUAACACAAAGAAUAAGUGUUAGCAUAUGUGUCUUGAAGUAUAAUUUUGCACUGUAACAUGGGUCAUUAGAAAGAGUCUAGCACCAAAGGUAGAUAAUGAGGGAAGGCAUAAGAAAAUGGGGAGAAUACAAAGUUUAUUGUUUAACCAAAAAGUUUUUCAAAGGAAGCUUUGAGUGAUCAAAAAUUCCUUACGGCACAUAGGACGUAGGCCAGAAGACCAGCACUUCUUGUAACUGCCAAUUUUAAAAGAAAGGGGACACUUGAGAAGUAGAUGUGUUCAUUUGAUUGUAAUCCAGUUGGUGGUUUUCAAAAUAGUUUGUAAAAUACUGCGAGAUUCGCGAUCCCUGCUGUGAAACUCCGAGAUGAGUUGUCUGUGAGCAGUGGGGCAGCUGUAGGCACAACCAUGGCCACAGCAGGCUAAGAGAAGGUUGAGUAAGUGGAGUUUGUGAGUCUGGGUGGCCAAGGAGGGAGCAGGACUAAGAGAAGCAUCAGCGAAAGAAAGGAACCCAUCCGUGUUGGCCUGAUUCACAGAUGGCUUCAUGUAACCCCCGACGCCAGGCAGGUCCAUGCACGCACACUCACGCUGCAGCUCCGGCUAGCCCAGUGGUUCAUCUUCCAGAAUCCUGUGAAUGCUGACCGCAUUGCACUUCCACCUCUGUGAAAAGCCAUUAGAAGUUUGGGGGCAACAGAAGCCACAGUUUAUAAGACAGAUGUACAGGUGAAUGGAAAAGGAAAGAGCCCAGGAAGAGGGCAGUGUGCACUCGGCACAGACCAACAGGAACCAGCGCAAAGGCUGCUCCCCGCUCUGGGCCAGGGGAGGGGUUUCUGCACGUGGGACUUGGGAGUGGCAGCUAGCAAUGAUUUCUUAUCAAAUGUACUGUGCACUUUAACCUAACUUCAAAUAUAUUUUAAUAUUUUCCUGUACUUCGCAGAAAUGUGUUUUGUCAAUAGCAUGAUGAUGUAAAGAGGAAAGACUUUUUUGAACAAAGAGCGUAUACAAUUGAAGCAACACUCAAAGGUCCAUUCUAUCUGUUGGAAUUGAGACUGCUGCACCUUCAUGGGCAUUCAGAACGCAGGGUCCUGAAAUAUUUUUUUACAUGUAUAUAUGGCAACCUAUGAAACUCUGUAAUCAUUGUUUUGAGAGAUUUUUUUCAAAGUUAAAAUAUUUCUUUUGAUAUUAAUUUUCAGUAUUUUUUGAAGUUGGCUGUAUAAUACAAAUGGCUUCAGUAUUUUGUAAAAGGGCUUUUUUUCUUUAAAAUGCACUUCUUGUAUGGCUAAGACAUCUUCAAGAUCCUUGUACACUGUUUAUAUGUGCAAUAAAAUGUGCAUGGCUGGCUGACAGUACUCUAAGUGGACAGAA